UCCCAAAUACUUACUGAAAAGUGGACAUCAGUUAUCCUCCAAAUAGUAAAUGUCCACUCUUAGGAAGGUGCUAGCAAGUUUACAACAUGUGAACAUGAAGAGCUAAUAAGUGAGGAAUGUAACGAAAAAUACUGGCUAAAGCCUAACUCCGAUGCUCAUGAGGCCCUAAAAGAGGUUGUUUUAGACAAAAAAAUUACUGAAAGACAUAAAAAAGCUCACCAAGUUUUGUCACACAGGCAUGCUAGAAGUGUAUCACUCACUUGUCACAAAGUACUGUCGUAAAAGGCAGCAUUCUGUGUAUAAGGGCAUGACUGCAAGAAUCCAACUGGCUGCUCUGGACCAUAAUCAGAACAUUGGUCGAGAACAAGCAGCAACAAGUGAAGGAAUCACGAGGUAUGACGUAUUUCCUGAAGCUACUAAAGCCUGGGUAGCAAAGCCUAUAGCUGAGACAAAAUCAUAUGAAUACCUCCACAAAAUUUCAACGUCUGUGCUGAAGAGUAGAUCAAUGGAGCAGAAUCCCAUCAGACACCACAAAGCUAAAUCUCCACCAGUGGACUUAGCCACAAAUAUAGCUGGGCAUGAACAGCCUCCCAAAGAAGAGAUUAUAUGUCGAACUAGUACUCGAUUGCAUUAGAAGUACUCUGUCAGUUGUCUGUAUCAACUAUUUAUUUAUUUGCCAAUACAUCGCUGAGAAUCAUUAGCAUC